GUAGCCAGGAGUUCUUGGCCAAGCAACCGGACAGAACCGAAGAUGUUGGACCGAGGAUCAGUAUUUGUUUGGGAAUGGCAGGAUGAAACUUCGCUCUGGAGACCCUACAGCCCACAGGUGGCUUAUUACAUCGAGCAGGUGGUGAGGGAAACCCCCAAGUCCAACUCGGUGAGCCUGGGAGAGGCUGAUGCCAGUCUCACCCCCUACAUCCUGGAUCUCAUUUCUAUGAACCAAUUCCGCCUGGAUACAGGUACCCUGUAUCCAGUCAGGAGAGUGAAUUUCCCACUUUCAAGUGCUCCUGGGAGGGGCAUAGUAUGGGAGUGGGAGGAGCUUCCACAUCAGUGGGUACCAUUUGAAACCAGACUGUCGAUCUUGAUCCAGGAUGCUCUGGAAAGGCAGCAGACAAGUGUGCGCCUUGGGCAACCCUGCAAUGGAUCUCAUAUUUGCUUUCAGACCAUGACCCAAAUAGAAUUUCCUUCUCAGAAGAGAAUUAGGGUCCGGGCUCGAGCCCAGAUUCCAUACCCAAAAGCUGGCAGUAAAUGUUCUUCAACUCAGUACCAUAUUGCACUACCCCAAUAUCUUAACGCCUAUUCAAAUUCUAAACAUGGGUCUUUCACAGUCCAACAGCAACAUACUGGUUCAAGCCACGGACCAGUAAAUUUUCAACAAGAGCGAGUUAACGAUAGUAAGCCUGAACUACUUAGGUCCCAAUCAAGGUCCACACCAACUGACUCCAAGCCGAGUUUAGCUAGCCCUCACCACAGAAUCAGCCAUGCAAACCCUAAUUUAGCUGGCAGAAGCCUGUCUCGUUCAGUUUCUCUUAAAGGAAGCAGAAGCCCUCCACCCUGUGCUUGCCCACAUUGUCUUCUACUGCAGAGUGUAAAGUCUGCCAGCUGGCCGGGGAGACAGUUGGAUAGCAAACCAGUCAAAGCUCAGCCUUAUGACAGCCAGCGAUGUGAGAAAAGUAAAGGCCUCACUAGGGUGCCUCCAGUGCCUCUCGGUAACAUUGAAGGCUCAGGAAUGAUCCCACCAGCGCUGGCAGGCAUUAGUGGACUUCUAAUGAGUGCAGCAGGGCUUCCUGUUUGUCUGUCCAUUCCCGCUACCCCAAUAUUUAAUCCGCCACCAGUAAAGAAAAAGGACAUCCGACCAGUACCUGGAAUCCAAGGGAGCAGCCGGAAAAUAAGCAACAAAAAGAGUAAAAAGCCAGAGGAGAUGAUCAAGCAAUUCUUGCAAAGAGUGAAGACUCCAUUAUCAGAGGACUGCGCUUUGUGUGAUCAACCAAUGACAGACGGAGAAGUUGGCAGAUUAUACCGCUGCAGUCAUGCCUAUCAUGUUCGCUGCCUGUCACCUCUGUACAAGGAUGGGACUUUGCGCUGCCCAACAUGCCAGACAUUGUACGGUGUGAAGAUCGGGUCUCAGCCUCCAGGGAAGAUGUCUUUCCACAUCAUCCCACAUUCCUUGCCUGGUUAUUCUGAAUUUGAGACCAUACGCAUAAUCUUCCAUAUUCCCCCUGCAGUACAGGGUCCAGGUCAGCCCCAUCCUGGUAUGAAGUUUACUGCUCCGGACUUUCCUCUUCACUGUUACCUCCCUAAUACCAAGAAAGGAAGAGAGAUCCUGCUCCUCUUAAUAAAAGCCUGGGAGAAACGCCUCCUCUUCCCUGUCCUCCCAUCACGCACCCCUGGUGUCCUUGAUUCUGUCUCGAUCUCCAGGAUUCCACUCAAGACCGAGUUUGGCUCUAACAUCACUGGCAAGGGCUUCCCUGACUCCCGUUACCUGGACAGCGUCUUGCGGCAGCUACGGGACUGGGGGGUGUCAAAUGACUGAUGCCCCUUUAUAUACCAGCAUAGUUUGCUGAAAGUCGUUGCAAUGGUUACAUUAACCAGUCACUCCUCACAUAUUCUGUUGUCUGCUUUUAGUGCAGAAAAAAAGUAUUUACAUUUGUAUAUAUAUUUCUGUGUUUGUACAUAUUAUCUUCUGCUCAGAGUGCAGGUUCUUUGCAGGUUCUUUCAUCACCAGCACUUUUUGGCGCAUUAUAGACAUUGUAUUUUUUUUAUUAGCUCAG